CACCAGCAGCGCAUCCUCACCCUCUUCUCCGACGCCUUCAACCCCGUCCUCUCAUCCGACGACUUCUCCGCCCGCCUGCAGUCCAUCAAGCAGGCCCUCUUCAACAGAGACUUUGGCGCGGCGUUUGGCGCCGAGGAGAAUCUCCAGGCGUAUGCCGCGCGAUGGAGUCCCACGAGGGCCCUCUGCUACUCGUCCAUCUUCCAGGGCAUUGCCCAGUAUAUGAAUGCGGCCCCCUCCUCUUCGUCUUCUUCUGCUGCUUCAGAUGACGACGAGCUCAAUGCCAAUGGUUCAAUAAAACCAUCCCCUUCAAGCACAAAGACAACAACAACAACACCAACAACAAGAAUGCUCUGCAUAGGAGGCUGCGCCGCCGAACAAAUCGCCUUCGCAUCGCACAUCCACCAACAACAGCACUCCUCCGGCACCCUCUCUCUACUCGACGCAGGCCCCUGGGGCUCCGUCACGCAACUACUCCAGAAACACAUCACCUCGCCCCCAACGCUAUCAAAAUACGCUUCCGCGGCUGCAAAAGCAGCGAAUGCGCCUCUUCUCCAGCAGGACCAACUCGAGACCUCCUUUACGCAAGCCGACGUCUUGUCCCUGGAGAGAAGUGCCCUCCAAGCCAUUGUCGGCACGGAACCGCUCACGGUGACGAUGCUGUUCACGCUGAACGAGCUCUACACAAACGGGGGCAUCGGCAAGACGACGCAUUUCCUCAAACUUCUGGGCGAGGUCCUGCCCCAUGAUAGUCUGCUUCUUGUGGUGGACAGCCCGGGCAGCUACUCCGAGGCCGCCGUGGGCAAGGAGAAGAAGCGGUAUCCGAUGCAGUGGCUGCUGGACCACACGCUUCUCGAUCCGCGGGCUGCCGCGGCGCAGAGUCGCGGCGACUAUGAGUGGGAGAAGCUCGAGUCGCAUGAUUCCGUCUGGUUCCGUCUGCCAGAGGGUCUGCACUAUCCCAUUCAGCUGGAGAAUAUGCGGUACCAGAUGCAUCUGUAUCAG